CAGGAUCAGGUCCUUCUCGUGCCAUUGUAAUCCACUCCCCCCAGAAAAGAAGCAGCAUGGUCGCAUUUCUUGCUGGGCUUGUUGACAGGACCCCAUCGCAAAGGGACGAACAUGGAUGAACCCUAAAAGAAAUUAGGGUUGGGAAACUGCAUCAGGGACACAAUGGGUGGGAUGGGGGAAAACCCAGGCAGGGCCAUUCCCAAUGGCAACAACUGAUGUGUCGGUGGGGGAAGACAGAAGAUUCCUCCAAUGGUUGGACCAAAUCCUGGAGCCAAAGACCCAGAAUCAACAAACAGGCCACGUUGUGUGGGCAAAAAGGGCUCCUCAAAGUUGGACAUCCUCUGGACUCAUCCCAUCUCGUAUCCCCAUGAGUCUCUCUGGAGAGCCCAGGUAGGCUCUUUGCGCCCCAGGAGGACUAUGAGCAGCAGGUGAAUGUCACACUCUGUCACCUGGGCCACCAGUAAUUGCAAGUAUGGCACCGUGAGGUCCUUGUCAGGAGCAGUGUGUGUCACUGAGCAGAGGACAGAGCCAGGUUGUUGUAUCACACUGCAGAAUGGUUUGGGUUGGAAGGGAACCCUAAAGAACAGCCAGUCUAACUCCCCUUUCAUGGGCAUCCUUCACAAGCCCUCUUUAUCUUCCUGGGGUGUUGUCAAGGAGUAGCCACUCACAGCCUGUAUCAGGGUGGGGAAGGAGACACUCAGCAUCUCACAGUCCUCACUGUCACCCCACAGUGGGAUAUGGGCAAAGCCACUCAAGGGAGAGACCUGGAGUCAUCCCCUCCUCCGUAUGGCCACUCCAGUCCUGUCCACGCUGUGUGGGCUGGGAUUCCAUGGAAAACACCCCAACCAGCCCAGACAAAUGCCCAAAGGAGGUGUCCAAAGCCCUUUGGAGCACAACCCCUCCUUGCAGGGGUUAAGUCAGACCUCCUCAAAACCAUGGAGCUCACACGGAGAUCACGCAGCCACCAACCACAGCCACCAGCUCAGGGUCGUGUCAUGUCUGCCGUCACUUCCAGGCUCCAGCAGCAUUUCCAGGCUGCCCGUCACCACGAUAUUCACAGCACGCUGAGUCAAGCACCGGGGCAGGCGGCAGGUGGGCUGAGAUGCAGACAAGCUUUCCGUCUGGUGCACCGCACGCAAGCAGAUGCUUACUUCACCCCACAGCAAUGAGCACAGGCAGGGACUCAGAGGGGACAUGGGAGCAACCCCUCCUCUGAAGCCCCCAGGGCAGGUGAUGGAUGACUUUAAAAUGUCCUUGUCUGGUGUAGAACGCGUAGCCAGGCAAUCGAGAGAUGCAUCCAGCAUGAUUCAGGGUGUCUCUGAGCUCCUAUUGGGGUAUCAGCUGGGAAUGCAAAUAUGGGUUGUGCUGCCCAGCCUGGUGGAUGCUGGAGGAUUGUCCCCAUGGUGUGAUCACGCAUCAUCUCACACCAUCAACACUCAGCGUCCCUGUGGCUCAAUUUGGCACCUGGGGAUCACCCAACCCCAGCACCAGCUCACCAAACCAUACUGUUGGAGGUUGGAGCUGAAGUCCUUCCACUGGAGCAGCCAGAUGCAGGCAGGGGGACGCCAACACUCAGCCCUAUUAGCAUCUUCAGGGUGCUAUUUUUGGGCAGCAAUGGGAUAACCAUCCUCCAAGCUGGCAGGGGGACAGCAACAGAGAAACCCAAGUGGGGAUGCCCAGACUCUGCCCAGUGCCUCACUGGGAUCACAGCCUGGCUCAGCUUUCCUGGAGGUGGCAGCCUGAUGGGGAAUGCUGUGUCACAGUGGUAUCACCAGUGCCACCACUGAGGCAGUCCCACUGCACAUCGCAGCUGCACAGGGCAGGAGCAGCAGCCUCCCAGGUCAGCAUGAGCAGGCAGAAGCACCUGUGAGCCUUGGCACCCCAUAAGUCACCCACAUCCAGCACCCAGAAGGCACAACAAAGCUAAUGCAUUGCUUUGCCUCCUAUGGCUUUUUUUCCAACCCUGCUCCUCCUCCACUGCUGCCAGCAGGAGCUUACCUAUGCCUGGCUGAGCCCAUGCCAGCCCUGCUGUCCUCAGCCUGCUGGGGGUCACCUCCACCACGGGCCAGGGACAGCAGCUGGGGACGCCAAUAAGGCUCUGUCACCACCUGCCCUGCCUGGUCUCCCUGUGGGACAGACUGCAGACAGCAUAACCCAGAAUCCUGCUUUGCUGAGCUCGGUGCCUGCAGCCCCAGGUAGCAUCCAGUGCAUCCCAGGUAGCCCAGCCCUGGUGUAAAACACAUCCCACUGCCAGCUACAGCCUAAGGCACGCACUCACUUGGUCUUCAGCAUCCCCUUGCCUCCACCAGCUGCCAAACACAACUCUGACAUCUCCAGGGCUUCUCCCCCGUCCCUCCUGCAGGAUCAGCACUGCAGACCUCCCUCCCCAGCUUCUUUCUCCCAUUCGCAUCUCUCAUUUUCUUGCCCUAAAUGUUUCCACUCACACCCCCCCUUGGCACAGGUGCCACGUGUGCUGCUCCUGCCCAUGAUGCUGUGAUGCUGAGAGGGGCAAACCUUGGACAAGGGGUGGCAUAUCCUGGAUCCCCCCACCCCAAAGUCUCCUUCUAAUCCAGGCACCGUCAUUCAGGACCUCCCUGCCAUGCCCCCUCCCUGCAGAGUUUACAGGAUGGGAUGGGCUAUGAGAGGUCAGACCGUGCCCACGUCGCUGUGACUUGCUCCAGACCCCAAGAACUGGGAAAACAAACCCACUUCAGGAUUGUCCAACAGUGGCCCAGCUGCACCCUUCCCUGCUGCCACCAGAGAGCAUCAUGGGGACAUUUAACCAAGCAGUCCUCAUGCUGGAUCCCUGCUAAAACCUCCAGAUACUGCUCCAGAAUUUGGGAAGAUGCCUUUUUUCUCAUGGUCCUCGCUGUCCCUGAUGUCCCCACAGAUAUGGUCCAGGUCUGUUCUGGAUGCGUGGGCUCCACGUGUGCCUGCUGCAAGGGAUGGGGAAUGUGAGCUCCCCGUCCUGACCCACCUCUGCUGCCCCUUCCACAUCAGGACAGCCCUGUGCUUUUCCUGGAGGAUCACCACCCCAAAACACCUCCAGAGCAGCUGGGCCAGGACCUGGGGAUCAGUGCAUGAAGGGGGUUUGAUCGCUCAACCCAAAAGAGCAAGAAAGCAGCCAUGGCAGAGGGUGCUCCUCCUGCUCAUGCCAACACAUCAGGGACACGUGUGAGUUAUUGCAGGGAAAGGACACCACACGCAGCCCCUGUGACCCAGCAAGGGCUGAGCCUGGCAGUGGCUUUUGCUGUGAUGGGCUGCUUCCAUCUCCUGGGGUUUGGAGGUGGCAGAAAUCCCAGGGGGGUCUAUGGACAACAUGAGGGUCUUGUGCCCCCCCCCAAAGCACGGUCCUUCCAGAGGAGGAGGACAUCCUAAGUGUUGAAUGAACAACUGCCCCCACUGCAAUGGAAUCAGUGCAAAGAGAGCCCCCUCCACCCGUGGGCUGGAAACACCCCAGGAUCCCACAGCACCCUUCCUCCCCAGCUCCUGCAAAGCCCUCAGGAUCCCAUGGCUGGAGGAACGCUGCAGUAAUGUGUGGGGAUGUGCAGCACUCCUGCUCAGCUGCCACCAAAGCUGAGAAGCUGAUUUAAUUCCACAACCUGCAAAGCCCUCGAGAAGGUAAACGUGGUCAGGCCCUGGGCACCAGGGCUGCCUAUUUCUUACCCCUGGCUGCAUGACUUCAAAACCAACGUGCCCUGCACAAACCUGCAAGCCAGACGUGCACCCACCCUGCCACCUGCAUGGGCCAAUGCACCCUUGGUGUUCCCUUUCCUGGUACCCACGUCACCUCCUGCUUGCAUGGUGCAGGGAACCCAUGUCCUUUGCACCCAGCACAGGGGGAUGAGGGGGACAGAGGGAGCAGCCAGCAGCUGACAUCUGAUCCCAGCUGCUCCGGUGUAAACUUAGCAUGGCCUUUUGGAAAGUACUUGCUGUGGCAAAACAUGCAGUAAAUUACUGUCCUGGAUGCCAACAAUAUUUUGAGAUUAGCAAAUCUUACAGAGCUCUUUGGGUACAAGCUGGGUUUGGGGUUGAGGUUUGCAGCCCUGCCAGCAGAACUGGGGGCUCUCAUCACCCACUGCCCCCCAGGGCAGAUGGCACUGAGCUGCAAAUGUACUUCAGAGGGAUAUGGGGAGAGGUCUGGGCCAGCACCAGGUGUGGGGCUGCAGGUCUCAUGUGGGUAUCCCCCCCAUUGGCUACCCCAGCACUGCCCCACAUCCUCCAGGGGCUGAGCCAUCUUCAUCCCCACCUCCAUCACCCCACAGUGCCCAGCAAAAGGCAGGGGACACAACCACGGGGCUUUGGGGCUGCAAAGCCCAGGGCUUUGUAAAGGCCACUCAGACCCUCCUGCCACCACCUGCCCCCACUCCAGCCACGGGUUCCUCCAGCUGGGUUGAAGGCUAAUUCUGCCCCACAGCCAUGGAGCAAAGAGGAGGGAGAAGUGCAGAAAAAGAGGCAGCAAGCACCUGGGGGUUAAACCAGGUGCAUCCAGGUGGAAAGCCAUUGCAUGCAGCAAUUAACCCCUGAAAAACCCCCAGUGCCAAACAGCCCAAAGGCGGUGUUUUAACCCAUGAUCAGCUCCUGGCUCAGCUCUCGUGCUACACCUGAGGCUGUGCAGCUCAGCCCUUUCCAUCUAUGGGUGCCCGCAUGCAGCCCGGUCAUGGAGCUGUAAGCUGAGACGUCUCUGCACCUCCUGACCAUCAAACUGCCCCAGAAAGGAGCGGAUUCCCUGCACUAUAUUUGCAGGAGGCUGCAGCUCAGCACCAGUCCUGCCCGAGCCCCUCUGCUGAUCAACUCCUCCAAGGAGUCCCGAGGGCAGAUUGAAAUGCUUGGGGUUAAAUCUGUCUCACUGCAAGGAAAAGCAGCAGGGCUGACUUGGGUCUGUACCCUGCUCUGAGAAAAAACAAUCCCUAAAACUAAAGGAUGAGGUUUUCUUUCAUGUUCUGGGGGGCUGAGUUGGACACAGGGCUCUCUGCACUCUGGGUAUGGGGGUAGGGGGACUUGGGGCUGGAGAUGUGGCCCUGGGGCUCCUAACCCCAAUAGGGUCACCCAACAUAGGCUGAGAGGGGAGUGGGGGGACUUAUGAGGCCCCUGAGCCCCUGCUCUGUGCUCAGCUCCAGGCUGGCCAUGGGCAGGAUGAGAUGAGCUCCUACACCGUGGGGAUGCUGAGCCUGGGUGCUCUGAAAUGCAGCACCCAGUGAGGGGGUGGGCAAAUGGAGGGGGGCAGGAGGAGGGGGAAAAAGGGGCAGCCAUGGGACUUCCUCACCAGGAAGAGGAGCUGCAGUGCAAGCAGAGGAUCCUGGUGCAACACUCAAGGUUUUGCAGGGCAAUGUUUGCAGCACGGCGUUUGCACCCUGAAUGCACCACGCUUGCAGAAUUCCAGCACGCAGCCAUCAGCACCGGGGCCACAAAGGAAGAACGAAGCAAAACAAAAGAACAGACAAAGCUCUCUCCGGGCUCAGUGCAGCGAAGCAGAACAGUUUUGGCUGUGCACCCACAGCAGAGCCCACAAUGUGUCUGUUUGUUGGCACGGUGGGAUUCUGGCAGAAAGGAGCCCUCAGUGGGAAGAUUCCAAGUUCAGCAGGGCACGGUCGGCCGGAUUGUGGCCAGGGCACAAAGGGACAGUGUUCAUCCAGAGCAGAGAGGUUUGGGGCUGGGAACGCAGCACAGAAGCUGUCAGAGCAGAGCGAGGUGAUGGCGAAGUGCAUUCAUGCUUGGCUUAAAGGGAGCAGGCAGAAAAGCUUCGUGCGGAGUGAAAAGAAACAGCAACUACCAAACAAGGAAUUCGGGGAUUUCUUCUGGCUGAAAUCAAUGAUUGCUCUCCCAGGGUGGCUCUGUUUUCCAGGAAAGGAGGGAUUUUCCUCUGAAAUCGAAAGGGAAAACCCCUAAAUUUUUAAUUCUCCUGCUGUUCCAACAGGAAAUGUCUCCUGGGAGCAGCACACAAUCCUGCUGCCGUCUGCUCCAUGAAGCACGAGUGCUCAGCCACCCCCAGAACAGCAGAAAUCCCCCGGAUCCAUGGCUCCCAAUGGCCCUGGUGGGGAAAGAGACCUCACCGGGGGCAAAAGGAGGGUGUUUGGUACAGGAAAGCUGCGUCUGCAAACUGCCCUGACAGCGGGGCUGAGGACUGUGCACAACUCAUCGCACCUCACAGCUGUGCCGAUCCGGGCGCUUCUGAGGGAGGGUGCAGGGCUCUGCCCACGGAGAAGCGGCAGCACAGGUGGAAGCGCGGCCCGGCAGCUUUCCCACACCAGGACAAAAUCGCAGCUCGGCGGUGCCAGCUGGAGCUGCUCCCCCAUCCCAGCAAACAGCCCCGGACCGCCGCCCUCCAGAGGGGCGGCUCAGCCUCGCCCCCUUCCUCUGCCCAAGAGUCCCGGGGAGGCGGAGCGGCCGCUGCCGUGGGACAUCCCUGCCAUGCCCGGCUCCUUCGUGCCCAGGGAUGCUCCUGGUCCUCCCCACACCCAGGUGCUCCCAGAACCACGUGCCCGGUGCUCCCGGUUCCCGUUUUUCCCGCACCCCCCGUUCCCGGUGCCGUCUCCCCAAUCUCCGUCCGACGCCAGGUGCGGCCCGGCCCCCCCCGCUCCUCCACUCUUCUCUUCUCCUCUCUUCUCCUCUCCGCCCCGUCCCGUCCCUCCUCCCCCGGGAAAGCGAAAGCUCGGCGGGCGGAAGCAGAGCUCCCCGCAGCGCCGCACCGGGGCCGCUCCACGUCGGGGCCACCAUGGCCUCCUCCAUCAGCAGCCUCUUCCGACGGAGCCUACGGCGCCCGGGCCGCAGAGAAAGCAAGCAGGAGGCCCCUGCAGCGGACAGCAUCCCAUCUUGUGUGCCUCUGGGAAAGGCAGGAGAGCGGAGCUCCGUCCUCUACUCUGCUGGGCAGUUCUUCUUUGAGUACCUGGUGGUGGUUUCACUGAAGAAGAUGUCAGAUGGGCAUUAUGAACCCAAGAUAGCAUAUCAGUUCCCAAAGCGUGAGAACCUCCUGAAGGGUCAGAAGGAGGAGGAGGAGCGGCUCCUGCAGGCCAUCCCCCUCUUCUGCUUCCCCGAUGGCAACAACUGGGAGCCCGUUACCACCUUCCCCAGUGAAACCUUUUCCUUCGUCCUGACGAAUGUGGAUGGCAGCAGGAAGAUUGGUUACUGCAGGAGGCUGCUGCCCUCUGGCCGCGGCGUCCGCCUCCCUGAGGUCUUCUGCAUCAUCAGCUGCCUGGGCUGCUUCGGGCUCUUCUCCAAGAUCCUGGAUGAGGUGGAGAAGAGGCGUCAGAUCUCCAUGGCUGUGAUUUACCCCUUCAUGCAGGGCUUGCGGGAAUCGCCCUUUCCAGCUCCGGGGAAAACCGUCACCAUUAAAAGCUUCAUCCCCGAGUCGGGCACAGAGCUCAUUGAGCUCACACGUCCUGUGGACGCCCACCUGGAGCACGUGGAGUUCCCAGCUCUGCUCCAGCGGCUCAGCCCCAUCCUCAUCCUGCACAUCUUCGCCUCUGCCGUGCUGGAGAGGCGGCUCAUCUUCCUGGCUGAGGAGCUGAGUGUCCUCUCGCAGUGCAUCCAUGCCGUGGCUGCUCUCCUUUACCCCUUCACGUGGGCUCACACCUACAUCCCCGUGGUCCCCGAAUGCCUCCUUGACACUGUCUGCUGCCCCACGCCCUUCAUGGUUGGCAUCCAGAUGCGGCACCUGGAGCGAGUGCUGGAGCAGCCCAUGGAGGAGGCUCUGAUAGUCGAUCUGUGUGAAGGGAAGAUCCUCAGGGCGGUGGGUGACGAGGAGGAGAUCUUGCCCAUCAAGCUGCAGAAUGAGAUGCUGGCAUCUCUGAACAGGCACAACAGCAACAACAACGUACACACAUCUGAGCAGCUGAAUGCACUCAUCUCCGAGGCCUUCGUGCAGUUCUUUGUCCGUCUGGUGGGGCAUUACCCCUCACACAUCAAGUGGAGUAAAAACGGCCUGGGCAGCUUCCAGGAGAGAGCAUUCUGUAAGGCCAUCGCCUCCAAGACCAACCGCAGGUUUGUGAAGAAGUUUGUGAAGACCAACAUGUUCUCCUUAUUUAUUGAGGAUGCAGAGAAGAGCAGGAUCCCACAGGAAGCAUACUUCCAGCAGAAGAUAACAGAAUACCAGCAGCAGAAGAAGCACCGAAGGGACUCCUGAGAGCAGCCUGAAGGGACGGCACCCAGCAGGGCUGUGUGUUCCAUCUGUGUCCAUCCAAGGGCAGAGCACUCCGGAUUCUGCUGGGUCUGUCUUGCCUGAAACUCAUGGAAAGCACCGAGCACCGGUUUCUGCCCUUUCCCUUUUCCCUCAGGGCACUGUUGCACUGGCAAAUAGUUUUGCACAGAGCUCACGAGGAGGCUGGGGUGUCUCCUCCCACCUGGCUGGGACAGGAACGUGGCUCAGUGCUCAGCCCCACACUGAGCUCCUGGGGAACCCCAGCACUGUGUGCUGAUGGAUGGAAGUGGAGGGCAGCUGCAGGACCGGCCAUUGCUAAAGGAAAAAAUGGACCAGUGAUGAGUAGGAAACAUUGUUAAUUUCUAAGUAAGACAAAGAUAGGUUUGGCAAAUAGGUAGGAAUAGGUUUCUGAGGAUUCUAGUAUCUGUUGUAGCUGUUGUCUUUGUUGGUACUGCAUGGAGCCAUGAUCCUGCUGCAGCUGCUUGGGGAAAUGAACCAACAGGUUACUUGUUCACACCAUAAGCAGACCUGAAGGGCACGGGGCUCUGAUCUGCAGCAGAGAGAGCAGAAUGGAGGAGGAGGAAGUGCUGGUUAACUCUCAUAGUAAAACGUGGCCAUGUUCUCCUUGCUGCUGGGUUUGAUGCCAACUUCUGCUCUCUCACUGUGGUUCAUCUCAGUGCUGCCACUCAAGCGUGAUGCCUGCAGCAGACUUAAAAUACUCUUAAAUACUCUUAAAGCUCUCCCUCUUUUCUAAUGCACCUGCACAGGAAGCAAGGGCUGCAGGUCUGCCCAGUUCCUCCCUGCCAAUGGACUUUCCCAGAGGAGAAAAGGGAUGAGCAGGGAGCGAUGCUUGCUUUUUUCCCCAGCAGGAGAUAUGGAGAAAGACAGAACUCCGUCCUCCUCUCCAUGGUCAAACUGUCCCAUCUCAGUCAUCACAAUAUCUGUUAAUAUAACUUCCUUCCUCCUACAUCCCCCAUGGUGGCACUGAGCUGCUGAAGGCCCCAUGAGACAUUUUAUAGCAGCACUGCCCAACGAGCCAUGAUCCACCUGCAGGUGUUUGGUCAGAGCUGCUGGAACUGUGACAGAACUGAGCCAGAAGCAAAGGGGAGUUGGUGGAGAGCAGCUGUGGGUGCAGCCAUGCACAAAUAGAAGCAGCAGAAGUGCUGCUGAACAGAGAAGGAAAGAGCAGCAAUGUGCCCAGCCGUGCUGGAAUAAGGAUGGUGACUUUUUGCUCCACUUCUGUUUGGGGUGGGGAGGAUGAGAACUGUUUGUUGGGGCACAAAGGGGUUUGGCACUCUGAGAUGGCUUCUUUGCCUCCACGAGUCCCAAAUCAUGGUAGUGAGAUAGUUACAAACAGCCUAUGGGAAAUUGAAGAUUAAAGAGUAGUGAUCUUCA